GGCUGGACAACGAUGGCGGUCGCCGUGAGACUGGUCAACAGAAACAUUUUAAGACCAGGACAUGGUCGACAGUACCUGGCGUUCGGGUCUGUAGUCCAGGUGAAAACGGCUAGCCUAAGAGCAGUCCACUCUCUUCCUGAAAAAGUAAAAAUAGUGGAAGUGGGACCCCGAGAUGGGCUACAAAAUGAAAAGACUGUUGUUCCAACAGAAACAAAAAUUAAUUUAAUAAACAUGUUGUCAGAGUCAGGACUACCAGUCAUUGAGGCCACCAGCUUUGUCUCUCCUAAGUGGGUUCCACAGAUGGCAGACCAGGUGGAAGUGAUGAAAGGUAUCAGUAAGAAACCAGGAGUGUCCUAUCCAGUCCUCACCCCUAAUCUCAAGGGUUUCCAGGCUGCCGUAAAGGCAGGAGCCUCAGAGGUGGCCAUAUUUGGUGCUGCAUCUGAGCUGUUCAGUAAGAAGAACAUUAACUGCUCUGUGGAGGAGAGUUUACAGCGCUUUGACGACGUUAUGAAGGCAGCUAAAGAGGCUGCUGUGCCAGUAAGAGGUUAUAUCUCGUGUGUUGUCGGAUGCCCUUAUGAAGGCAAGGUGGCACCUGAAAAAGUUGCAUAUGUAGCUAAGCGUUUGUACUCCAUGGGCUGCUAUGAGGUCUCUUUGGGUGACACUAUUGGAGUGGGGACUCCUGGUAGUAUGACUGAAAUGUUAGAAGCUGUGAGCAAAGAGGUGCCAGUCAGUGCCUUGGCUGUGCACUGUCAUGACACUUAUGGUCAGGCUCUGGCUAAUAUCCUAGUAGCCCUACAGAUGGGAGUCAGUGUUGUAGACUCAUCAGUAGCUGGACUGGGUGGCUGUCCAUACGCCCAGGGGGCUUCUGGGAAUGUUGCAACCGAAGAUGUUGUUUAUAUGCUGCAUGGACUUGGGAUUCAAACAGGAGUUGACCUCCAGAAGCUGAUGGAUGCUGGAGCUUUCAUCUGCCGAUCCCUCAACAGGAAGACCAGCUCCAAAGUGGCCCAGGCCAUCUGCAAACUCUAGACUAAAACCUAUAUUUGACUUUUUUAAAACACUGAAGACGACUUCAUCCUUUAUUGUUUUAAAUAUACUUUGAUUCAUCUUGUUACAGGUUGUGAUUACUUUAAUCACUAUGUGAUAUCAGUGCUGGAGUUGUGCCUUUUGUAAAGUCGAGCACAUUUUUAGGAUUUCAUCUGUUAAAGGCUUUGUUGACAAACGUUUUGAAGGGGUUACUUUAUGUUACUUUCCUGCCAGUGAAAAAGCCAAAUGUAAAACAGGCUUUGUUUAAAUUAAUCAGUAAAAGUGUCCAGAGAUGGGCUCGGUUUAGAUUAAAGGUAGAAAAGGGUUAUAAUUACUAUUAAUAAGAGGGAAGUGAUUUGUUUUUUUGUUUUCUUCGUCUCUUCCUGUAAGCAAUGACCAGGAAGCAUCUGUGAAAACAACCUUUCUUUACAAACUUUGGGCUUCUA